AUGGCUCAGGCUCAGGAUUUAACGUGGCAUUUACUCCAAUUCUUGGAUCGACACUUAUCACUCCCACUAGUAAAUCACUUGACUGAGUUGGGUAUUUACAGCCAGAGUGAUUUAGUUGAAGCGCAGUAUGAGCUGGUUAAGAAUACAAACAUGGUUGACUACAUGGAAUCACUCAAACCCGGUAACACUGAAAACCCUGACAAAUCCCACUUAAUCCACAAGCAAGAAGAUUUUGAAGCCACGAGUGCUGCGAUUAGACGGGCGUUAGAGGACCAGGAUAUUAAAUCCCAGAUUAGCUCCCACGACAACACCAAGAACUGCGAAAUCCUCACCUCCAAAUUCAAUUUACCUGUGUCUUCUUUCGAAGUGCUGUAUGAAUAUGGCACUUUUCAAUUCAGCUGUGGUAAUUACACAGCUGCUGCCGAGUAUUUCUAUCACUACAGACUACUAUCCACCAACUCAACCACUCUCCUCUCCUCCCUCUGGGGCUUACUCGCUUCUAAUAUCUUGAAAGGUUCUUUCGACGACGCUCUCUCGAAUUUCAACACCCUUAGAGAGUCUAUUGAUCGUCAGCAGAACUCUCAAGAUAAGGGUACUGUCGUACAAUUGCAACAGCGUACCUGGCUCUUACACUGGGGUUUGUUCAUUUUCUUCAACCACCCACAAGGCCGUGAUUUACUUGUCGACCUUCUUUCACACACUGCUUACCUUAACACCCUCCAAACUGCCUGUCCUUGGUUAUUAAGGUACUAUGCCACAGCUGUCAUUGUUACAAGCAGAAAUUCACCCCAACAAUCUAAAUUGAUUAGGGAUUUAGUUAGAGUGGUUACUAUUGAGCACUAUCAAUACACUGAUCCAAUUACUAAACUCAUUGAUGCUCUUUACACUCACUUCGAUUUCACUCAAGUUGAAAAACAUCUCAAAGACACUGAAAAGGUCUUUGUACACGAUUUCUUCUUAUCUUCCCACCAUCUCAAACAAGUCUUCUUUAACAACAUACGUUUUUACAUCACACAUGCUUACUGUCGUAUACACUCGCAUGUCAGUGUUGCUGAAGUGGCUAAUAAGGUUGGAUUAAAUGAAGCAUCUUUCUUACAGUGGUUGAGUGAGCAGCCGGAGCAACAAAAUGACAAUGAAAAGGCAUUUAUCGUCGCCUCAGACAACACCAUCCACAUACCUCACAAUCAACAAUCCAUUGUCACUUCCAUCCUCGACAGAUCUGCUGCCAUUGCUCUACGCUCUCAAUCCAUCAAGAACGCCCUUGAUAGCGCACUCGAGUAUCCACCAACACCUUCAGCAGAUGUUGAAGUCAAGUGA